CGAGGCCAACGCUUUCCGCGCGCGCGGGGCCAACGCCGCUACUACGUACGUGAGCGUCCGUGUCCGACUCUACCGAGCUCAGCUUGGCCAAGCAGCUAGCAGCUCCACCAGCGAUGGCACCGGCGCUGGCGAGGCUGCAGGCGGCGGCGACAUCGGCGAGGGCGGAGACCGUCCUGCGCGGCGCGUGCGCGGCGACGUCGGCGUCGGCGGCGCUGCUGCUGGGGCUGAGCGCGCAGACCAAGACGGUGCUGUUCGUCCGGAAGAAGGCCGUGCCCAGGGACGUGGAGGCGCUCUGGGUGCUCAUCGUCGCCGCCGCCGUCGCCGCGGGGUACCACGCCGCCCGGCUCGUCAUGCGCCUCUACUCCGGCAGCCGCUUCGCCGGCGCCGGCAACGACGGCGGCCAGAGCCGCAGCAAGGCCGUCGCGUGGAUCUCGUUCCUCCUCGACAAGGGCUGCGCGUACGUGGUGUUCGCGAGCAGCGUGGCGGCGCUGCAGGCGUGCUUCGUGGCUCUCAUCGGCGUGGAGCCGCUGCAGUGGAGCAAGCUCUGCAACAUCUACACGCGCUUCUGCGUGCAGGGCGCCUUCGGCAUGGUCUGCGGCAUCGCCGCCGCCGUCGCCAUGGCCGUCCUCUCCGCCUUCUCCGCGCGUGACCUCUUCCGCCUCUACUCGCCGCUCGGCCGCCGCGCGCAGGCGCAGCACCAGCUGCUGGGACCGGUCACGUCGUCGUCGACCACAGAACUGCUUAAAGCAUGAGAAGUGCAUGAUUAUUAGGCUCCUUUUGUGAUCUCCGUUUGCCUCUCGAUCUGCUCUAGCGGCUAGCAAGAUCUCUGAUACUGGAACAUAAUAUAUACAUGCAUUUGGUCAUGAGUAGUAUAAAGGGAAAAAAUGUUAAAUUAUUUCA